AUAAUCUGCAGCUCGAGAUAAGAUUUGCCCCCUGCAAAGUCAUCUCUAGCUAGCUUGGAACACAUAAUCUGCGAUCGAUCGAUGGCUUCCAAGCAAAUGCUCGCUGUCGCCGCCGCCGCCGUCGCCCUCGCCGUGCUCCUCCCGGCGCGCGGCGCCGCCGCCACGGAGCACAUGGUGGGCGACGGCAAUGGCUGGAUCCUCGGGUUCGACUACGCCGCAUGGGCCGCCACCAAGCAGUUUAGGGUCGGCGACACGCUAGUGUUCAGGUACAAGGGCACCAACCACACGGUGGUGGAGGUGGGCGGCGCGGACUUCAAGGCGUGCAACAAGACGGCGAGCGCGAACGAGUGGAGCUCCGGCGAGGAUCGCGUCGCGCUCGACAAGGAGGGCAGGCGGUGGUUCUUCUGCGGCGUCGGCGACCACUGCGCCAAGAACAUGAAGCUCAAGAUCACCGUCAUCGCCGCCGGCGCGCCCGCCCCCGGGGCUUCGGAGGCGCCGCCGCCGCCGUCCAGUGCCGCCGGCAAGAUGCUGCUUGAACUGCGCAUUUCUGAACUUUUCAUGAAGGCCUGA